CACGCUGCACUUUCACGCGGUUUCGUACUGAAUGCCUGCUGUUUAACUCUGCCCAAUACGUGUUCUCAAAGUUUUGUGAUUUGUUUUUGCAACCCUUAUUUUCUUCUGAAUCGAGGCUCCUCUUUAUUCAUCUCUUCAUAUAGGUAGUUCAGUUUUAUUUCCCUGGGAAUGGCUUCCUCUUCGACAGCCGACCAAAAUCACGCUUUUGAUCAGAUAGUACCUUAUUCUGCACCUAAAUUUACCGAGCCCUACGACAUUUUCAUCAAUAAUCGUGGAUGUGAUGCGAAACACACAUUAGCCACUACCAUCUACGAUAAACUUCGUUCCAUGGGAUUAAAAGUUUUUCUAGAUAUGGAAGCCACCCUUGAGGCUGGUUAUUGGAUUCCACCAGAAGCACAACACGCCAUAGCUAGUGCUACCCUUCGCAUUGCCAUUUUUUCUCCCAACUAUGCCCCAUCCCCACGUUGCUUGGCCGAGCUAUUUCUCAUGCUCAAAACUGGUAAAAGUAUAAUUCCUAUUUUUUAUCAUGUUGAUCCAUUUGAUCUCAGAUGUAUUCGCCAAGGAAAAGGAAAAUAUGCCCCUGCGUUUGCAGAGCAUGAAAAGAAGGGCAGCUAUACACCCGAAAAGCUUGAUGAAUGGAAAAGUGCACUCUACGACAUUUCAUGCCUAUCCGGCGACCAGAUCAACAGUAACGAGGAUGGGGUCACAGCUGUGAACAAUAUUUUGCAUAGUGUAUUUGAAUUAACAAAAAAAAAUCCAUUUGUUGGACUGGAUGAGCUGGUACAAGGCUUUGAAUCAGUUGCAGAAGAAGAGAAAGUAAAAAUCACGGGGAUCGUGGGCAUGGGAGGUAGUGGUAAAACCACAUUAGCGAAAGAGCUCUUCGAAAGGAACUUUUCCUCCUUUGAAAGAUACAGCUUUGUUUUCGAUGUGCGAGAGGCAGCAUCCAGAAGCGCUCUGCCUGGCAAGCAGAAGAAGCUUCUGGCUGACCUCGGUGUCCAUCAUUCGCCAUUCGACCAUGUAGAUGAAGGCAAGGUCAUUCUUGCAAAUCGUUUGAGCUCUCAUCGGGCACUCAUUGUCUUGGAUGACGUGGAUCAUAUCGACCAGCUGAAUGCUUUGUUGCCAAAUAAAGACAACCUUGGAUUCCAAAGUGUCGUUAUUGUAACAACCAGGGAAUUGGGUGUCCUCAUAUCAUGGGGCCUCUCCUGCAUUUUUAAAAUGCCAGGACUUAGCAUGCCACAUGCCAAGGAGCUAUUCUGCGGGCACGCUUUCUUGCAACUUUCUCCACCUGCUGAAUUUGAAACUCUGGUUGAAGAGUUUGUAAGGGCUUGUUAUGGUUCGCCUCUGUCACUGAAGGUAUUGGGGGCACAGUUAUAUGGCAGGUCCAAGGAUUAUUGGAAAUCCCAAUUACGUAAAAUCUCUAGAAUAUUGCCUGGUGACAUCAAACAAAGGCUACAAGUUAGCUAUGAUGCCCUCAAUGAAGAAGAGAGAGAUAUGUUCUUGGAUGUAGCUUGUUUUCUUAUUGGAGAAAAGAAACACACAGCUAUAGCAGUGUGGGAUGGAUCGGGUUGGAAUGGUUUGUAUGGCUUACAAACAUUAGUGAACAAUGGUCUUGUGGAGCUGGUCGAUGAGGAACUGAUUGAUGGGGAACAAAGAAUAAAGAUGCAUGAUCACCUUAGGGAUUUGGGAAGAGAGAUUGCAAAUAGACAAUGGCCGCAUCGUCUUUGGUCUCCAUGUCAGAUUGAUAAUAUGAAACAUUCCACGGAUAGAAAUCCGAUUCGAGGGAUGCAACCUGCAGAAAGUUUUGUGGCGUUCAAAAGGUACACACAUCAGUCUAUCGGAUUCUCAAGCAGACGAUCUAAGCGUCUUCGAUUCUCAAAUAAAUUACAAAUUCUUUUCGUGAGAGGAAAUGAGUUUACGGAAGAAUUUGCAUCAUUAUCGCAAGACUUGGUGUGGCUUCGCUGGGAAGGUUUCCAGCUACGAAAUAUUCCAUCAUGGCUUACAUUAAAAAAUCUAAGUGUUUUAGAGCUUCAUGCAGCUAAUGAGUUGGAAGAAUUGUGGCAGAACAUUGCAGAUCCUCCUUUGGAAUUGAGAGAGCUUAUUUUAAGUGGUUGCUCAAAAUUGCAAAGGCUUCCAAGCUCAAUAGGACGUCUUCAGCGUCUGAAAAGGCUUGACAUUGACUUUCAUGGUAGCAGUUUAUCAGAAGAGUUUUGUGGCCUCCGAUCACUGGAGUAUUUGCGGCUAUACUCUCCCCUACUAUCGUCACUACCUGCUGGUUUUGGCAAUUUAAUAAGCUUGAGGAAUAUAAAUCUAUGGUGUUGCAAGCAGUUGAGCAUGUUGCCUGAUUCAUUCAGUCAGUUGAUACGCCUGAAAAAUCUAGAUUUAUCAAGCUGUGAAAUGCUAUCUUCACUACCUGAUGAUUUUGGCAAUUUAAAAAGCUUGAGGAAUAUAUCUUUUUAUAAUUGUAAGCAGUUGAGCAUGUUGCCUGAUUCUUUCAGUCAGCUGAGGCACCUGACGGAUCUGCAUUUCUCAAGCUGUAAUAUACUAUCUUCACUACCUAAGAGGCUACCCCUGUCGCUCAAAAAUUUAAAAAUAAUCAAUUGCGAUUUCCUGACGACUGUCAUGUGUAUUAGUAGUCUCAUAAACCUUGAGACACUGGAAAUAUUUGGCUGUCGGCAGAUGGAAGAACUCCCAAGCUUUGCUGAUUUGACUUCGCUGAAGAGAUUUAAAAUGUGGAAUUGCCCCGAAGUUGAGAAAAUAGAAGGCUUAGAACCAGCGAAUUCAGUCAAAAUUCAGAGUUUUUCCUAUUAUUUUUAUGACUGAAUGUUUUGCAAACAAUACGAUUUGUAGGAACGUCCAAAGUGGAUGGAUCCAUGGUUGAGUAAUUUGUUCUGGUAGCAAAGUGUGAGGCCUUCAGAGUUUCAUGACCUUGUGGUCUGCUAAAAAUUUAUUUGACCAAGACUUUCCACGAAAGAAAGCAAGAGUAGCGGCGGGCAUAAGAGGAAGAAUUGCAGAGGUUUUGAAACAGAUUGCUUACUUCAAAGUUUGUCAACAGCUUUUCUUUUCUGGAUAGCAGGUUGCAAAUAUUGUAGUUGUUUAAAAAGUUAUUAAACCAAGUUUUUGUUUUUUAAAUUCUUUUUAAUUCAAUACAGAUAUGAAAUAUUGAAUGUUU